GCGGACGAACUGAACUCGGAUAUCGGGGCAACAAACUUUUGCCAAAUGUCGGUAAUUGUUUCGGUAAAGCAGUGUUAUUAAAACAGUGUUUUAGUGCGUGGUUAUCUAAUUUUAGUGUAUAUUUUCACAUUAGUUCGUAUGUUAUUCGCGGGAGUGAUUAUGAUGCAUUUAAGGGACAUCAAUAAAGUAGACAUAAAGGUUAUGUUCAUCAGCAGCUGAUCCAUUUUCUAGAUCCCUGAGAUCUAAGACUGAUAAUUAAUUAUUUACCUUUUGUAAAGGAUCUCGUAAGAAAGAGAUGUCCGGGGACGGGGACAAAACGCCACCUGCAGCCGAAGACGGUGACGAAGAGGACGAUGACUUCGACGAUCUUGUCAAUCAGAUCAACUACAACACCAUCACCUCCCUUGCGGCCCUCAAGGAAAUCCUCGGACACGACUCUAGGACGAGUGCCGAGGACGUUUCGUGGUUCCAACACUACUUCCUUCAUCACGUGAACCGUCUGCCAUCCAGGAGCCAGUGGGAGCGACGGCUCAGCGAGUGUCCGGAGGAGGAUGAAACCGUGGCUGACCAUGGGGAUCAUGAUAAACGAGCGGAAUCCUCAAGCAGCUCUAGUACCACGUCUGCUACCACGUCGGACGACGAGGAUUCCAAAGACGAGUCCAAAGAUGAGUCCAAGGACGAGUCCAAGGAUGAAUCCAAGGACGAAUCCAAAGCGGAAUCCAAAGAAAGCAAAGAAGAAACGUCGCCUGUUUCUUCAGCGCCACCGACCCCGAAGAGGAACCCUUCCCUUACCCCGGACACACCGCCUCUGUCCCCGCGCACGAUGAGUCGGGGGACUUCGCCCCACCUGGAUAAACGGUUCUUCGACUCCAGCAUGAUCGAGAUGAAGUCGCAGGCGUCUUCCACGUCCACCCUGGAUAACGAUUCUACCGAGGAGAUUUGGGUGCGACGCGCCGACCCGGAUACGGUCCGACGGAAAAGGGAGUUGGGCUCCCAGCCGUUACCCACCAUAGUGACAGAAGACCACGCCAUGGCUGGACAAGAACCGCCUAGGCAGCGAGCAGGAACGUGGAGCAUCUCCCAUUCGAGACAUUUACACUUUGGCUCGACGUCGAGUGGAGGAAGUGCUUUGAGCGCAGCCAGUAGCUCCAGUGGUCGAGACCCCGGAGAAAGACGCAAGUCUGGGGACGACAUCCUCGCCGGCGUUACAUCUCCGCGCAAGACCACUCCGACUGUCUUUGACGUGUUCAGGCCACGCAGUAAGAGCGACGCGAGUCGUGCCAAGAAACCUACCACGCUCAUUGCUCAGAUGAAAAAUGCUGUGCAGAAUUCUCUGAUGUCGCCGGGGUCGGGAUCGCGCAGUGCGAGCAACAGUGGCUCGGCUUCGAGCACGGAGGGUAACGCGAGUGCGGCCGGUAGUACCGAUGCCGUUGGUGCGAGACCUCGCGCGGGCAGUGACAGUGGUUCGUCGCGCGGUCCUGUGUCCAAAGUGAUGGAUUUGUUUAGACAUCGAUCUCACAGUGCAGUGUCUGCCGAGGAGAAGAGGAAAGCGAGAGCGGCUGCACUUCACCAACAACAGCAGAGACAAAGUGCUUUGCUGAGGCGCAGUUCCGUAGACGUAGAGAGGCGAAGGUUAUCACUUGGCGCAGUCUCGACACCUCACCGCGCCUCCGACGCAUGCCUAGAUCCUCACCAUGCAGCCAUACUGUUCAGAGACUCUAGAGGGCUUCCUGUCGCGGAUCCAUUCCUCGAGAAAGUCAACAUUUCUGAUCUUGAGGAGGACGAGAGCCAAAUAUUUGUCAAGUUCUUCAAGUUCCACAAGUGCUACGAUUUGAUCCCCACCAGUGCCAAACUGGUCGUGUUCGACACACAGCUGUUAGUCAAGAAAGCUUUCUUCGCUUUAGUUUAUAAUGGUGUCAGAGCCGCACCACUGUGGGACAGUUCACAACAGAGGUUUGUGGGAAUGUUGACCAUCACAGACUUCAUCAAGAUACUCCAGAUGUACUACACGUCUCCCUCCGUCACUAUGGAGGAGUUAGAAGAACACAAACUGGACACCUGGAGAAAGGUCCUCAAAGAUAAUGUGAAGGAGUUGGUUUCCAUCAGUCCGGAUGCUUCACUCUACGACGCCAUCAAGACCCUGAUUCACAAUAGGAUACACAGGCUGCCAGUGAUAGAUCCUGAGACUGGGAACGUUCUGUACAUACUCACACACAAGAGGAUACUCAGGUUUCUCUUCCUCUAUAUCAACGACCUUCCUAAGCCAAGCUACAUGCACAAGACGUUGGAGGAGUUGAGGAUCGGAACGUUCAGUAACAUAGAGACAGCUGAGUCUGACACUUCUAUCAUCGUAGCGCUCAAGAAGUUUGUCGAGAGGAGAGUCUCGGCUUUGCCCAUGGUGGACGCUGAGGGUCGCCUCGUCGAUAUCUUCGCCAAGUUUGAUGUUAUUAACCUGGCGGCAGAGAAGACCUACAAUAACCUGGACGUUUCACUCAAGACGGCCAACGAACACAGGAACGAGUGGUUUGAAGGAGUUCACAAGUGCAAACCAACGGAAACACUCUUCACGAUCAUGGAGAGGAUAGUGCGAGCUGAGGUGCACAGACUAGUGAUCACUGAUGAUGAAGAAAAAGUCAUCGGAAUUCUUUCCCUGUCAGAUUUGCUACUGUACCUUGUACUUCGACCGUGUGGAGAUGACGGGAACACAGGCGGCGACACCGAGUGUAACUCAGUAAGACUACAGGACCUGCACGCCCAACAACAGUCGGGGGAGACGAUACUAGAAGAGGAGGUGGAAGGAGAGGGUGGAGAGGGAGGCUCAAGCAGCGACGAGAGAGAUCGUGAUACUUCUCCUCCUCCGAUGCUGUCCACUCCUCCAGCCUCGCUGGCAGAACAAACGUGGCGCGAAGUGACAGUGUUGGGCGGCGACUAGACUCUGACUUUACUAAUUUAUUGUAGAUAUAAAUAAAGUUACCUAUUUUUAAACCCGUGGUAGUUAAGGAAGCGAUUAAGUGUACCUUCGAUUAAGUACUUAACGAGUCGUAGUCGUAGAUACUUUUGUGAAUAGACGGUCUAGAGGAGUCGGGAUGAUGCUUUAUUUCUUCAAUACUGAAUACUGUGAUACGUGUCCGUUAGGUUUGACAAUAAGUAACAAUAACGUACAAACACUUCUGCAGGACCAAUUUCGAAUACACCAUCGGUUUUAUUUGUAUUUCCAAUUUUUGCUAUGUUAAACUGGUUUACUUAAUAAUGGGAUUGAAAGUACAUGGGAAUUGUAAUGUUAAUAUGUAAAAUUUAGCCUUAACCAAUAUAAAAUCUAUCCAGACUUGUGCAAUCAAUGUCUAUAAAUACACAUUUUAUUUGCUUCUAUACAAUUAUUUAAUUAUUGAUUUUCCGAGUAUUAUAUGCAAGUAUACAACUAAACAAUGUUUUUAUCCUAUAAAAAGUGUUAAAUUUGUUAAUUAUAUAUAUAAUUGUAUAUUCUCUCAGAUAGUAAUAAUUAGAGAUUAAAUUUUUUUUAAGAUUAUUCUAGGAUACAAAGUCUGUCAAUAUAAGAAAAAUGUUUUAGUUUUAACUCUUAAUUAACCACAUAGGUGCUAAUUUUUCAUGUUCUUUGUCAAACUAUAAGCAAGAGACAUUUGUUUUUUAUCAAGUACUGAAAACAUUAAACUUAAGCUUGAAGAUUUGUUUUAUUAUAUUUUGUUUAUCAAUGUCAAAUUGUUAUAUUAAAAACUUUAUUGUGUAUUCACUAUACCUUUGUGUCUCCAAUUGUGCAAUAUAUUAUCAAUUUUAAAUGUGUUCUACAUUUUUACUUGUUUAUGAGAUUUAUUAUUUAAAAAGGGCAAAGUCAAUGCAUAGAUUUAAAUAGGUUUUAUCUUAAACAAGUUUUUUUUUAUACAGAAUGUGAAAUUAUUCUAAGAUCAUAACAGUUAUGAGUUAAGUCACAGGAGAAAUAAAAAAUAUGAGUUAGUAGGGUGUAUCCACUUUUAGCCUCUAAAAAGAUUGUAAGGAUAGGCAAAGUCCUCAAUUACUUAAACAACAUUUUGUUUCACUAUGUUUUGUGUCUGUACAUUACAACACUAUCUUGCAUACUAAAACAAACAUUGGAUGAUCUCUAGUAUGUUAAACCCCCUUUGUAGUUUAUUAUUGUAUAACUUGGUGAAUUGUCAUAAAGAAGAAUGUUAAUAUUGUUUAGUAGCUGUAUACCAUUUAACUAUUAUUAUAGUUUAAAUGCUACCCUAAAAUUAUAUGGAUUAACUUUGAUUUGUACUCAUUCUUAUUUAUUUCUCCUCUUGUUCAUUUUUUCUUGUACCUAAUAAAACUCCUAUCUAAAACAAUGAUAACUUUUUUGAAACUAAAAGAUUAUUGUUUGCUGGCCCAAUAAUAUGUGUUGCACUAUUGUACGGUAAGCAUCAAUUAAAUUAUUUUUUAAGCUCAAAAACAUAUUUUAGAAGAAAGAACUUUGGUUGGCAUGUGAGAUUUAUACCUUUAUAAGAAGAAAGUUAUACUGAAUAAUUUACAAAGCUAACACUCUAGUGUUGUUCGGAUAAGUUGUUUCUAUAGAUUAUUGUUGUAUAUUAAUACAUUUUGUACUGUAGAUAGCCUGUGUGUAAAAAUGUUUAUAGACUAUUAUCAUAGCUUUGUAAUCAACUCAGUAUAUAUUCUAAGUAUUUAAAGUAUUGAAGCUAUCAAAGUCAUCCCUGUAUAAAAUAUAAAUAUAUUUAUAUACAUA